AGGCGGGGUCGCGAACUCUGACCCCCGGGAGCCGGAGCCGCACCGCAGCCAAAGAGACCCGCCGGACCGGCCACCGGGCCCGCCAGGAAAUUCUGGUGAUUAAAGAUCAUGGCAACCAUAGAGGAACUGACCCAUCAAAUUUUUGAACAGCAAAUGGGAGAGGUUACACAUUCCCAGGAAGGUGGUACACAAACACUAAUGGAUGGGACAGCACAACGAAUACAGAUUGUCCCUGCAGAUUCGGGCCUCUCUUUAUCACAGCGUAUACAGAUUGUCACAGAUCAGCAGACGGGCCAGAAGAUUCAGAUUGUUACAUCACUUGAUCAGAGCUCAGCAGGCAAGCAGUUCAUCUUAACAAAUCAUGAUGGCUCUACCCCAAGCAAGGUGAUCCUUGCCAGACAAGAUUCCACUCCAGGAAAAGUUAUCCUAGCAACUCCAGAUGCUGCAGGUGUCAACCAACUGUUUUUUGCAUCCCCUGAUAUAUCUGCACAACACAUCCAGAUUUUAACGGACAACUCCCCCAAUGAACAGGGCCUAAAUAAAGUGUUUGAUCUGUGUGUUGUGUGUGGAGACAAAGCAUCAGGGCGUCAUUAUGGAGCAGUAACCUGUGAGGGAUGCAAAGGAUUCUUUAAAAGGAGUAUACGGAAAAAUUUGGUUUAUUCCUGCCGAGGAACAAAGGACUGCGUCAUUAACAAGCACCACCGGAAUCGCUGCCAGUACUGUAGGCUGCAGAGAUGCAUCGCCUUUGGGAUGAAACAGGAUUCUGUACAGUGUGAGAGGAAACCUAUUGAAGUGUCAAGAGAAAAAUCUUCGAACUGUGCAGCUUCUACAGAAAAGAUCUACAUUCGGAAAGAUCUCCGUAGUCCAUUAGCUGCAACCCCAACUUUUGUAACAGACAAUGAAACAGCAAGAUCAACGGGUUUGCUGGAAUCAGGAAUGUUUGUUAACAUUCAUCCGUCUGCAAUAAAAAGUGAACCUACUGUGCUGAUGACUCCAGAUAAGGUAGAAGCAUGUCAAGGAGAUUUAAGUACACUGGCAAAUGUAGUGACUUCAUUAGCAAAUCUCAGUAAAUGCAAAGAUGUGUCACAAAGCAGUACAGAGCUAUCCAUGAUUGAAAAUUUGAGUAAUGGAGAUGCAUCAUUAUCUGAACUCAAGCAAGAAGAACAAGCUAGUAGUGAUGUUACAAGGGCAUUUGAUACUCUUGCAAAAGCAUUAAAUCCAGGAGAGAGUGCAGCAUGCCAGAACUCUGAAAGUAUUGACACCAGUGGACAGCUGCUUGGUGGAGAAACAAGCAUGAACAUUGUGGAAAUAGAGGGGCCACUACUCAGUGAUGCUCAUGUAGCAUUCAGGCUCACCAUGCCUUCUCCUAUGCCUGAUUAUCUUAAUGUUCACUAUAUUUGUGAGUCUGCCUCCAGGUUGCUUUUCUUGUCCAUGCACUGGGCACGUUCCAUUCCAUCUUUCCAAGCUUUGGGACAGGAUAACAGCAUAUCAUUAGUAAAAGCCUGCUGGAAUGAACUUUUUACGCUUGGUCUAGCACAAUGCUCACAAGUUAUGAAUGUGGCAACGAUCUUAGCUGCUUUUGUUAAUCACCUUCAAGGCAGUUUACAACAAGAUAAGCUUCCAACAGACAGAGGAAGACUAGUAAUGGAGCAUGUCUUCAAAUUGCAAGAGUUUUGUAACAGCAUGGUUAAACUGUGUCUGGAUGGGUAUGAAUAUGCAUAUUUGAAAGCAAUUGUCCUCUUCAGUCCUGAUCACCCAGGUCUAGAAAAUGUGGUACAGAUUGAGAAAUUUCAAGAAAAAGCUUACAUGGAGUUCCAAGACUAUGUAACAAAGGCAUAUCCGGAUGAUACCUACAGGCUAUCUAGACUUCUUCUGCGAUUGCCUGCUCUCAGGCUGAUGAGUGCUGCCAUCACUGAGGAGCUGUUCUUCGCAGGACUGAUUGGCAAUGUUCAGAUUGACAGCAUCAUCCCAUACAUUCUGAGAAUGGAGACAGCAGACUACAACUCUCAGAUCAUAGGUCAUGGUGUGUAAAAGGAGCAGUCCAGGAUUCUGUACCAUGGCAAUCAUGGUGAUGUAAAUGCAUACCCUGUCUCCAAGAGAUGGUCAUAAGCCUUCCAGUGCACCUUUCCAAAGAAGGCUCAUAUUCCUCCUUUCCAGUACACUUGGGAAACGUGGUGGAGUGUAUUAGGAUAUAGGAUCCCUUCCUGUUCUUCAUCUGUCUUCAAGGACUUGUAAAUUAACUUGAUAUCUGAAGAAGGUCAAGAAUUGUCCAUCCUAUUUUUGUAGGUAGACGGACUUGGAAUAUUUGUUUAUGAAGUUCAGGCUUAUGAGGAAACUGAAGAAGCUUUGAUUGAACUAAGGUAUCUCAACUUAGUUUGAUGUUUUAGACAAAUAAAUUAACUUUCCUCUCUGAGCUUUGUUUUCAGUGUUUUGCUGCUAGUUCUUUUUCACGUAUCAAAUGAAAAAUACAUAAUCAAACAUCCUGAAAAGGCCAGUUUCCAUGCAGACAAGACCCAGCUUAGUUUUGGCUGUUAUUUUGAAGAGUGAUUUGUUUCCUGCUGAAUUAAACACUGGAUACCAUACCCCAAGUGCAGGGAAAUGGAAGACGUUCACAUUUAAAAAUAUUCUGAUGUUAACAUUGAUGCAGCUGAUCAAAAGAGAAGCAGCACAGAGUCAGUGGUGACUGUUUUGCAGAUGCAACAGAAUACUAUAUUUUAACAAUAAUGUGGUAGACAUCAACUGUUUUAUACUAUGAAAAACUAACGGAGAAGUGUAUACUGCAGGCAUUCAAAGACAGCAUACUUCUGCUUUUUCUGGUCUCAGAGCUUUCUCACACUACCCCUCCCUCUUUAACACUCAGUGCCCAGUGAUGGAGGCAUUCUAGAUGCCUCAAGUUUUGUCCAUGUCAUUAUUUUUUGUUACGGUUAGCCUUUGGCCAUGUCAUUCUCUUAUCCAACCAGUCCUGUACGAUUACUUUUCAAAUUAGUUUGUCAAAUCCAGUGUCCUUCCAUAUGGGAGCAUAGCCUCUGCUGCUUUUCCUUUACUCAUUAGUAGUGGGUCUAGAUCCUCCAUGCAUGUUGCCUGAAUCAUACUCCAUAGCUCCAUCUAAGGAUGAGUUUAAAUGCUCUUCUGUCUUGAGGAUGUGACUCACAUGACAAGUAACACUGACAUGUGGUUGCUUCUUGCUUCCUUUUGCAACAGCAAGUUAUGCACCCCUGGCAUGUUUAUUUCCUGCUGCUUAAAAUGAGAGAAGUAUCCUAGUGAAAAUGAUGGUCUUCUCUAGACAUUAGCAUUUAGGAUUUUCUGAAUCUUGGGUCAAGGCCAAGUUCUAUUUAGCAUGACCCCUUUCUUUCUCUGGCAAAACUGAGUGAGGAAGAGCCUGACCCAAUCAAGAAACACAUGCCUGCACCAGAGAUUGCCUAGCCAGAGGAUCAGAUUAAAUGGAGGCCUUUGCCCACUCUGCAGUGGCAGUUCCAAGGCCACCCUAACACCAAGAGACUACAAGAUGAGGCUUGGGUUAUAAAGUUCUUGAGUUCUGUAGUUUUUUCUCAGCAACUAAGGAUCACUACCAGACAAAAGCCCUGAGAUCUGCCUCUGACCCUGAAUUUCUGUGUUCUUCUCAAUUCUACUGACUGAGCUGCUUGGAUCUUUCUCUACCCUAGUUCCAUAAUCGGAGACUGUAUCAUAGAAUCACAGGAUCAGAUGAUGGUUGGGGUUGAAAGAGGCCUUAAAAAUCAUCUACUUCCAGCCGCCUCUAGGGACAGGGACAUCUUCCACUAAACCAGGUUGCUCGGAGCCCCACUCAACCUUGCACUGAAUGCUUCCAGGAAUGGGGCAUUCACAGCUUCUCUGGACAAGCUGUUCCAGUCCCUCACAGUAAAGAAUUUCUUACUAUCUAAUCUAACCUGCUCUCUUUCAGUUUGAAGCCAUUCCCCCUUGGCCUGUCACUACAUGCUCUUUAACAAAAAGUCCCUCUCCAUCUUUCUUGUAGGCUCCCUUCAGGUACUGGACGGCUGCAGCUGGGUCACCCUAAGCCUUCUCUUCUCCAGGCUGAACAAUCUCAGCUCUCUCAGCCUUUCCUCAUGGAAGAGCCCCAACAGCUCCAUGGAUGCAGCCCUGCAGGUGGGGUCUCACAGGAGCAGAGGGGCAGAAUCCCCUCCCUCCUCUGCUGCCCACGCUGCUUUGGAUGCAGCCCAGGACACCUUUGGCUCUCUGGGGUGUGAGUGCCAUUGCUGGGUCAUGUCCAGCCUCUCAUCCCACCUGCACCCCCAAGUCCUUCUCAGCAGGGCUGUUGUCCAUCUGUCCAUCCCCCAGCCUGGAUUGAUACCGGGGGCUGCUCCAGGUGCAGCACCUUGCACUCAGUCCUAUUAAACCUCAUGAGAUUCCAUGGACCCAUUUCUUGAGCUUGUCCAGGUCCCUUUGGAUAGCAUCCCAUCCUUCAGGUGUGUCAAUCACACCACUCAGCUUGGUGUCAUCAGCAAAUCUGCUGAGGGUGCACUCAACCUCUUCAUCUAUGUCAUUAAUGAAGAUGAUUACACUGUCUUUAUAUGGACCCCACAUGCCAAUGAUGUCCCUUGGGAUACUGAGCCACUGAACACUACCCUCUGGUUGUGACCAUCCAUCUUUCUUACUCAUCCAAUAGUCCACCCAUCAAAUCCAUCUCUCCAGCUCAGAACGAAGGAUGUUGUGGAGGACCAUACUACACAAUUGGUCAUAUCCAGUCCCACAGAUCAAAGCCCUUAGUGCUUAGGACCCCUGAUGGCAUGAAACAAUGUGUGUGGGCCUUUGCUGUGCCUUUUCUGUGUUGGAACUGGCCAUGGCAGCUGAGUUCUUCUCAUGUUACACCUUUUGACGGUUCUAUGGUUCAAGUUCUUUAUCUGUUUCCUGGAAAGCUGUAUGAAAAUGACUGUCCUGUACCUCAGGAGGUGUGCAUCUCAUCAGUGGAGUGUAUGUAAAUUUGAAGGACUGUUGCUGCCAACCUAAGGUGCUUGUUCUCUCCCCACAAGUUAGAGGCCCAUUUUUGAUCUGUAGGACCAAGUUGCAGAUUAGAGGCCGAUCAUUCUCCAGUUCAGCUCUCCUCAGAAAUUCUGACUGUGCUUUCUAGUCCCUUGCUAUCCCUAACCCACUUCUGACCCUAGCAGGCACAGGAGAUUUACAGUCCUCUACAUUAAAAGUUUAAAGGAAAUUGACAACGUAUUACUUCUGAAUAUGCUGGAGAUAGUUUUCCAGGCAUUCCACUACUCUUGGAAGAGUUUUACUCUAAUAUUCUCCAGAUUUAUUUUUUUUAUUUAUUUUUUUUUAAACCCAGGUAAUAGUAAGAUGAAAAUAAAAACCUCUUUUCCUUUGUAAUAAAGCACAGUAUGCAAAUCACUCUCACAUCCUUGAAGAAAUUUUCCACUCCAUAGCUUGAGCCUCAGGUGUAAUACGGAGUUCUUUGUUUAGAAUUGACAAAAAGGUUCAGCUGAUGCAGCCUCUCAUGUGGUACUGUCCAGCUUUGGAAACAGCUGAGAAAAUAUCAGCGUAUCUAGAGAUGUAAAUUUUUAGCAAUUGAAUCCCUCAGUUCAGCCAUCUUUAUUGCUCGAAGAGACCUUGCGAGAUCUUUCAGUCCAGCCUUCUGUGGGAGCAGGACCCCAGAAGAGACAAACUAUCUAGUACCCUGUCCAAUCUUGCAGUGAUUGCUCUCAGCACGGGAAAUGUCUAUUAAUCAAGAUUGUCAAGACUUCUUAAGGAGAGUGGCCUUGGACCCAUGUCAGCCACUUGCCUUAAUAUUCUAGGGUGGAUUUCUUCUGAGCCUAUGGAUUUCUGUGGGUUGAGCCCUUGCAAGAGGCUGCAGACUAGCUCUUCACCUACUGGUGGGUCGACACAUCCAUUGUUGUAGAUACUUGAUCCAGUGCUCUGCAGUCCAGCUGUGCUGGUAAAGAUGUAAAAGUAAGGAAGAUACUGAGAAGCUCUGCCUUAUCAGCAUGACUAGUGAGUAGCUUCCCUGCCUAGUUAGGCAAUGGCUCUGGAUCUUCCCUGUGCUUCUGCUUACUACUCACAUAUCUGUAGAAACCUUUCUUGUUAUUCUUGACAUCUUUGGCCAAUUUUAGUUCUAUCUGAGCCUUAGCGUUCCUGCCCACAUUUUGCAUGCCCUAGCAAGGUUUUUACUGUCCUUGAUGGGUAUUUAGCUGCCUUUCCAUAGCUAGAUGUGUCUUGUUUGUUUGUUGGUUUGUUUGUUUUUUUAAUUUUAAUUGGACCCUGUUUAGGAGGGGAUGUCCUCAGAAUCCGUUUUCUCUGGAUUCCUGUCCUCUCUUUGUGCCCUAGUCUGUUUGAAUGCAAGUUAACUUCAUUUACAGAUAGACUGCAACUACCGUGCACUGCUGGGUCAAGACUAUGUGCUUAGGAUGUGUUAACUCAUAAGCACAGAAACCUUGGUCAUGUUUCACGAGGUUGUUUAAAUUCAGGUGUUUGUAUAUUGUGAGGGCCAAAAAAACCCCUGCAUUUUAUGAUGUUGGAUACCUCUGACAUUUGGACCUCCAAAGAGCCAAAGUGCAUACAUACCACACAUAGCAAACAGCUCUGGCUACUGGUAAGUGACCUUUUAUUCCCCCCAAAGUUUUACAUUUUUAUGAUAAUAAAUUUUCAAGAUUGAUGUAAAGGUGGAAUGCAGCUGAUCUAUGCUGCCUGCCAAUUAAUCUAUUUUGUCUUUAUAAUGAUCUAAAAGAUGCAUCCCAUACAGGAGGUUGUUGUUUCAGUGUUACUCACUUUGCUCAGCAGGAUCUUAAUUAAUCAUUUCUGAUCAUUUCAUUAAUCAUUCUCAAACUAUAAAUUCAUCCUUUUGAUAAGAAAUGAGGCAUAAUGGGGUUUUCUCAGGAAUGGGAGCUUUAAAACAGGAAAACACAGGAAUCAACAUGUUUUUUCCUUAUUCAUCCAUGUUAACCAUUACAGUCCUCUUAAGAACAAUGUAACAGCUCAUGGAAAAACCAAACUGUGAAGUUCUGGUUCUGUUGUUUUGUUUGCUUUAAGAUAACUCCUUCUAAGUUAAAUGAAAUAUAUCGCUACCUUCAGCUGA